UUGUUGAGGAUAAAUGUUCCUUGCCUUAAACUCGUAGCAGGGCAACACACGUUAACAGAACUUGUUGAGAAACUUGAAAAUUACGUGCGUAUGAUAUGUUUGUAUACAGAUUGACAACCAGUCUCAUAAAACUGAAAACGAUAACCAAACGGCGAAAAUGGUCUUAUUUCAUACACAGUAAUUGGAAGCAGAAAUAAGAAUACAAGAGAACACAUUCGCAGUACAAUACGUUGUGAUAUCUGCCAUUAGCAAAUCCUUCGUGGACGACGAUGGCGGAAGCAGCAGAUCUUUCCGGCGCUUCUUCUGGACAGAAGAUGUCGUCGAAAGUGUUAAGGCAAAAAGCGCAGGAGUUUUUAUCCUCGAGAAAAUACGCGAACAAUUUAGUAGACAUAAUAGGACAAUGGGACGAAUCCACUUCAUCCUGUCUGCUCACAAUAGAGACAAUAUUCGUCGAGGUUUUGAGAAGAGGCGACAUGUAUCUUGAACGUACGAUAGCUCUUACGAUUUCAGAGCCAAGUCCGGAAGCAAGAUACAUCAACUGGUUGAGAAACUGUUAUGAAGAAAUAUGGGAAAAAAUACUGCUAUCGAUAGAGAAAUGUCGACCUGUCAUUCAACUACAAGCUCUCACCACUGCUAUAAAACUGAUGGCAGAGGAAGGAAGAUAUCCAUUGGAACCAACUGAUAAUUUAGGAUAUUAUUUUCCACUUCAUCGAUUAAAACCUAUCUUAAUGAGCUUACUAGCACCUGAGAAAGACAAUGUCAACUUAAUAUCUAGAUUUCAAGAAAUUACAGAGUACCCUGAUGCUCUUUAUUAUACUUGGAAAUGUCUUCCCUCUUUGACUCCUAAACGGCAACCACAUGGAACUUAUAUAAAAAAUUUAUUAGAGCUUAUACACAAAUCACCAUUGCCAAAGAAAAGCGAAGAGUAUGAAAUGUCUGAAGAUAAAAAUUUGCUGUGUAGUACACAACAAGACAGCAGAACUUUUGUAUGGGAUCAAGCAGGAUCUAGACGCGCGCUUAAUAAAGUUUGGGUUUGCGUUAUGCAUUGGGAAUUAACUCCACAGUUGCAUAAGCAAUUAUUGGUAGUUCUGUUGGAACGGGUGAUGCCACAUUUAGAUAAGCCUGUUCUAUUAACAGACUUCCUUAUGGAUUCUUUGGAUGCGGAUGGACCUAUUGCCUUACUCGCAUUACAAGGAGUAUUUUUACUAGUUACCAAACACAACUUGGAAUACCCGAAUAUAUUUACCAAACUUUACUCUAUGUUCGAACCAGAAAUCUUUCAUACAAAGUAUAAAGCUCGUUUAUUUUAUUUAUCCGAUCUUUUUCUUAGUUCAACGCACUUACCUGAAGCAUUAGUUGCUGCUUUUGCCAAACGACUAGCGCGUUUGACUCUUGUUGCCCCUCCCGAAGAUAUUCUUAUCAUAUUACAUUUUGUUGGUAAUCUUCUGCUUAGACAUCCUGGGCUAAAACGGCUGAUUGAUCAUCCACAAGGUGGAGAAAUUACAACAGAGGAGAGUAAUGGUGCCGGAGAUCCAUUCUUAAUGGAAGAACGAGAUCCAUUGUUAAGUAAUGCUCUCUUUAGUAGUCUUUGGGAAAUCAAAGCCCUUCAAUGGCAUAUCAUACCAAGUAUCGCAAGCGCUGCUCGCUUUAUUCGCGAACCACUUCCGUCAGUUGAAUACAAUAUGGCAUCGACACUAGAACGCACCGGAGGGUAUCUAUUCGAUCGUGAAUUAAAAAACAAAGUUAAAGAUAUUAUGUUGACAUUUGAGAGGCCCAAUUCUAUGGCAUUACCGAAAGGUGAAAGAUUACUACAGUAUUGGCAGUUAACGACAAUGCACUGACUGACAACAUUUGUAUUAUGCAUCCCGUGUGCAUAACGUCGUACAAUAUGCACUGUUGUCGAGCGAAAAUGUGUAAUUUCGAUGAACAAAAACAAGCAAAAAGACGCAAAGAAAUGAAACAGAAGUUUCCGCGUUUAUUUAUACCUUAAGAAAACGUGUAAUACGAUGAUAUUGCAUACUUUUGUAUUAUUUAAAAUCUAAACCUAAUUGUAAAGGAAUUGAUUCGGAAUACAUUCUUUCACGAGUAACCUGUAGAUACAUAUUUUUAGAUUUCCAAUCGUGCAGCUAUCUAGCAUAGUAGCUACUUGUGAAUACUACCAGUUUUGUUAAAUGGAGCCAUUUGUAUGCAUGGAUGUGUGGUAAUAAAGUGAAAGAUAUUUUAAUUUAAUAGAGAUCUCGCGUGUUUCAUUCGAAAUUGUAAUAUCUACUUGGUAAAUGACAUUCAGGUAAGCAUAAGUAGAUUCUACAAUAUAGUUGUAUCAUGAUACAAUUUUAUAUUUUAAAGCAGUAUUUAAAUAAAUCCCUUACUAUAAUACAUUUAAAUAAGCACCCUAUGUAUUAUUGCCGAUUGUUAUGUAUAAAAAAAUUGUAUGUACAUAAUUAAUAGUACUUAAUCCGGAUAGUGUUAUGGAUACCGUUUAUUUUCCAAAACCUAAAACAUCAAAAUAAUUAUCAUUUUUAAUUAUUUGAAUAUGUCUACUUGUGUACGCUAUGCUAGGUAACCGAAAUAUUGUCUAAAUAAUUAUUUUGUUUAUAAUAUAAUAUAAUGUAUAAAAGAA